UCGUAGCGCCAACAUCAAAGAAAUCAGCGAAACAGGUUUAACCAUUAAAUCAGGUUAGACGAAGUACAAAAUACUCUGUGAUUGUUUGGAACGCGUGAGCAUUCUUUUCAAGUGUGACUUUUAAGGAACAAUAUAAAAAUGACAGCGGUAUUACGCGUGAAACGUAGACACGACGACGAGCCAUUAAAUGCAUUAUUAAUUGCGUGCAAACGAAUUAAAACAGCAGAAAACGAAGAAGCAGUAGAAUCAGCUGCGUCUGUACCACUGACGACGGUUGUUACAUUUGCCGGGACUGUUAAGAAUCAGGAAGAUAAUGUUGUUGAACACAUAAUUCAAGCUUUGAAGAAAGAUGAAUUGAAAGCGAAUUUCAAACAUCAUUCUGUUGAUAUUUUAAAGAAAGCACGGGAAAAAACAAAACAGGCUUCGGCAAAUAAUCGUUAUAAAGUAAUCAAUUGUAUUCGGUCCUUGGAUAAUUCUGGUCCAAAAGAAUUAGAAGACAAGGUUAUGACGGUAAUAGAUGUAGAGGACUGUAUCUCAUGUGCCAUUCCAGAGGAGCAAUUCGCGGGAAAUAGUGAGGACUAUGUAUAUGAUUUGUAUUAUGGACAAACUGAAAAUGAGCUGCACGUAGAUAAUAUGGUAUCCGUGCAUCCGUUUGAUCAAGAAUUGGUAUUUGAUACUUAUAGAAAUAAUACUCACUCUGACGUUGAAUGCGAAUCAGAGGAUUCUAAUUCAGAGUCUAACUGGAGAAACGAUUAUCCUGAUUCUGAUAACUCUGAAAAAUCAAUUGAUGAUGAUGACAUGAGACAAGCUGUUAUGAAUAUGGGAAUAGAAGAAGACUCUGAUUUGUCUAGCGAAGAUGAUUUUGUUUAUGCAGUCAGUGAAAAGGAUGUAGAAGCUUAUGGGUAUAAAUACGCGAAAUAUAAGGCGAAGGUAAAGGAAGUAUUGGAUGAGGAUACUGAUGAUCUUAGCGACAACAGUGGGGAAUAUGUAUACGAGGAAUCGGAUAAGCAUAGUGAUUCCGAUACAAACUGUAUUGAACUUCAGUGCGAUACUAAAGAUAAUGUUAGAUUAUGAAUAUGUAAACUAGAUGUGAAGAACAUAGAUUAGAUUAAUUGUACACUGGUAAGUGGAAAAAAAAGUCACGAGAUAUAAAGUCUUUUGACUGGUAAAAUGAUACAAGUGACUGUCAACUGAUGGAAUAUCACAUCGCCAAUGUCAUUCUAUUAAUUCUUAGCGAAUAUACAUAAGUUCUUUUCUACUGGGUAAAAUUAAGUGGUUAAACAGCGACUAUCGCAACUAUACUUUUACUAGAAUUAGUUUUCAUUUUCAUUUCUCAUACUAUUUAAAGUAAUUUAGAUCAGUAAAUAGAACGCGUUUCGUUUUGUAGUUAAAGUUGUUUUUCAAACACAAGUUCUACGACUUUAAAUUAUUUUUUUUCAUUGCAUAGAAGUAAGGGUCAUAAAGGUCUUAGAAUUUUAUUUAUGUCUAUAUAUUUAUUACAUAUUUAUAUAGAUAUAUCUUGUGUGUAAAAUUCAUCUAUCAAAAUAAAAACAAUAAAAGUAAACGUAGACGUCGAAGUGACAAAGGAAGGUGUAUAGGUAUUUAGAAAAAGAACCGUUUUCGACGAUAUGGCAUAUAAUAAUAUACCAGAUUUAUAAUGUAUAACAAAUUGUUGGAAGUACCAGAUAGAGAUUUACAAGUUUUCAGUAAUAAAGAAUAGCUACUCCGUGA